AACGUAGUGUGUAAUGCUAUGAAUCAGAUUUUAUCGGACGAAAUCUGAUAGAUUCUUAUGAUUUAAUAGUUGUUCAAGAUGAUCAAACAUGAUGUGUAAACGAUUUUAAUUGUAUACUGUUAAGCCACAAUUAUUAGUAUGAAAACCAUGUUUUUAGAAUUGUUGAGACUGUUGGACAAAUAAAAGACGAUGUUCAUAAGGAUAUUCAAAUUGCGGCCUUUGUGUGCUUGGCAAUAUGUAAAAAGCCAUUUGCAUACAAAACAUUCGCACAGUACUAAUUCAAAUGACGAACAAAAAAAGAGAAUACGUUCUACAGUCUAUUACUUAUCUUCAAUGGGAGUACUAACAGUUGGCCUUAGUUAUGCGGCCGUACCUUUGUACAAAAUGUUUUGUCAGGCAUUCAGUUAUGGUGGAACACUAAGUCAUAAUGUUGACGAUUAUAAGGUAGAAACAAUGAAGCCUGUUAGAAACAGAGAGAUCAAAGUUCAUUUCACUGCUGAUACCUCUUCAAGUAUGCAAUGGAGCUUUAAACCACUUCAGACUGAAAUCAGAGUAGCACCAGGUGAAACAGCAUUAGCAUUUUAUACUGCUAAGAAUCCAUUAGAUAAGCCAGUUACAGGUAUUAGCACAUAUAAUGUUGUACCUUUUGAAGCAGGACAAUAUUUUAAUAAAAUUCAAUGUUUUUGUUUUGAAGAACAACAGUUGAAUCCUAACGAAGAGGUUGAUAUGCCAGUAUUUUUUUUUAUUGACCCAGAAUAUACUACAGAUCCGAAAAUGGAAAAUAUCAAUGACAUAACUUUAUCAUACACAUUCUUCGAAGCUAAGCAAGGAGUUGAAUUACCAAAUAUAUUUAAUAAACAUUGAUGACUGAAGUAACAGUUUUUUUUUUUUUUGUUCUAGUAGUAUACAUUGUUAAUUACUGAAAUGUACAGUUUAUACAAAUUGAAAUACAAAUAUAAUUUGGAUUGUUAA